UUUGGGGGGUUUUCGCUCCGGCAGCUCGUCGGGCAGCUUCGUGGGGUCCUCGGCUCGCGUGGCGCGGAAUGGGACCGUGUUGUGAAUAGUUCGGUAACCGGGAGUUUGGGUGGUUUCUGUGUUUACAGGUCUGUUGAACGGGACUCCACCGGAACCAGCGACAUGUUUUCUGCCGGUUCGGGUUAUUGGUUCACCCAGAAGGUGCUCUGCUGGAGAGCUGCGGCCAGCAUCGCCUGGUCCGUCCUGCUGCUGCCAGCGACCACAGCAGCCUUUGUGGUCCUCAGCAAGUUCAGCAUCCUUCACCCGGUCCGGAUGUUGGCAGACUGCGCGUCCGUGCUCGUGAGCGCCGGCUCGGUCUUCUCGUUCAUUUUGUUGACUGGAGUCAUCAUCAUGGUCGGCUUCCUGACCUUCGAGUACUACACAGUCAUCCCGAUGAUUGCCUGCUCUAAAGUGGCGCUGCUGGGCCGGCUGCUCCAUCCUCGCCAGCUGCUGUACUGCCUGGCCCACGGCCUGAUGGGCGUGGUCGUGGGGUGGUGUUGUGCCGUCACUAUCGGUUACCGAUAUGAGACGUUGGGCUCUGUGUGCCCUAAGACAGACGGGGAUGGCCCCGCCCACAUGUGCCUCAAUGAGCACCACCUGCUGCUGCUGCUGGAGGGGGGCUUCGUGGGACUCUCUCACGGUCUGCUGGGAGUCAUCCAUAACAUGAACUACGUGUCCUUUGGGACGGUGCAGCAACACAAAUACCUGUGCUUCAAAGGGUCUCUGCCUUUGGCCGUGAAGUGCAGCGCCGCUCAAGCCUUUUACUCUGUCAGGAACUUUCUGGUUUUCUAUUUCUUUCUGGGACACAUUCCAAGAGCAUGGAUCUGCAGAAGUCUGAGCCUUCACCUGGACAGCUCCGCCCACCCCCUCGACACCAUAUCUGGACUGCUUGAUCUGUCUCUGCUGUACCACCUUUGGAUCAGCGCCGCCUACCUGCUCUUUUCAUGGUGCAUCACUCUGCUGCUCUUCAGGAUCUUUGUCACUGAGGCCUACAGCUUUCCUGUUCAGUCGACCUUCACUGAAGAAGCUCCUCAGUGUCUCCCCAAAGUCCUGUCAGAAAAGCAGCCGAUGAUCCUGAAGUUUCUAGCCCUGCAGGACCUCUCUCUGCUGUCACAGCACUCCCCGUCCCGCCGCAGCCAGGUCUUCAGCCUGAGCCAGCCAGGAGGACACGCCCACAACUGGAACGCCAUCAGUAAGGAGUGCCUGUCCCUCCUGGCCGAGCUGACUCAGAGGCUGGUGUCGUACCACGAGACGGUGGCGACCAACGGCCGGACCAAGUCCCUGUCCAGCAGCAGUGAACAGAAAACCUCGUCUGAGUCAUCAGGUACCGAGGACUCCAUGAGCUCCAGACCUGCUUUCCUGAUGAAGACUCCGGCGUCCGUCUUUCUGCGCUCCAUGGGGGCGGGGCCACAGAGCCCUCUGACGUCACCCUUCACCCCUGACCUGGACAGCCCUUUUGCCUCCCCCACUCUGCGCCGCCUGACUGCCCCGCUGGAUCCAGGCUCGCCAUGGCACGGCUCGGUCCAGAGCCCCCACGUCAUGAGGAGGGCGCCGAAGCUCUGGUCCACCUCCACAGAUUCUCAGGUGAACGGCAGCCCCCCAGCCUCACCCGCCUCCCUUCCCAGCCCCAAACCAGAAUCUUCCAGACCCAGCUUUCUGGCUCAGUUCUUCCAGAACCGAAGAGAGCAGGUCAAACAUUUCCUGGCCAAGCGGGUUCUGGUAAUGUAUUUGUUCACCAAGACUCUCUGUUCCUCUGAACUCAGACCAGCUCCUGUCGUCCUGCAGCUUCCAGAAGCUUCCAGCCAGGCUCUGUUUGCAGACAGCCAGGCUCACAUCUGGGCUUUAGAAGGGCUGUCUUACCUCGUUCAAGCCUCCUUCACAGAAGACCAGUUUGGAGUGGUUCAGACUACAUUACCCAGCAUUCUCAGCUCCAUGCUGCUGUUACAAGAGGCUGUGGACCGACACUUCAAGCUGCCUCACGCCUCCAGUAAACCCGUCAGGUCCCCCGUCAGUCUGGGAGACUCCUCCCACAAAACGCUGCGCUUCGCCCUCAGAGCCACGCUCAAGACCGCCAUCUACAGGAUAACCUCCACCUUCGGAGCCCACCUGCAUGCCGUUCAGAUGUCUGCCGAGCACCGCAAGAGACUGCAGCACUUCCUGGAGUACAAGGAGUGAGGCCCCGCCCCCUACCUGUGUGGAGCAGGUGACAUGGCUGCUGUCAGUGACAUGCUUGUUUUAUGAAUGAAUAAAGUGAAGGACUUUUGGUUUGCACGAGCUCCGGCAGGCUGAUGUCCAUCAUGACGGAGUAGGAGUGCCGACGGCGAGCGCUCGGUUCUGGUUCUGAACGGACAAACCUGAACUCCUUGGCUGUGGGUUCACUUUGAGUUUCUCAUCGGUUUGAGAGCAGCUCAAACUUUAGGUUUCUGUUGUUUGAAUAAAGACAUUUGAAUAAAC